GCACAGCGUAGGUACAUCUCGCCAUGCAGGAUUUCAUGAUCAACACAACAGCCAAGGUCAACGGCCCUACGUUCAUGGUUGUUGUUUGGGGAGCAACACUCCUCUCAUGCAUCUUCCUCACUGCGCGUAUCUAUGCCCGCAUCUCCACUUUCCGCCGCCUCUGGGCCGAUGAUGUACUGGCUGUGUUGGCAUGGCUAUCCCUCCUUGCCCAAGCGAUUAUCUGGCAAACACAGAUAGAAUCGUUAUAUAUCCAGCAUCAAUUGAUCACAAAAGAAUACUUGCCGACACCCGAGAUCAUGGAAGAUCUUCGCCCCGUGCUCCGCGCUCAACUAGCCGGGCUUUUCUUCUUUAUGCUCUCUCUUUGGUUACUGAAAGCGUCGUUCCUGAUAUUUUUCCGUCGACUCGGUUGCUACCUCUAUCCAUGGAACACCUGGUACUGGUGUGUCGUGAUACUGGUAGCUGGAAGCUGUGCAGGAUGCUUAGGUGAUAUUGACUAUAAGUGCCUGAUGAAGGAUCCAGCAUGGGCUUAUGAAAAUUGCACCGCAUCUUCAGCCGUCAGGGUCCAAUUCCGGAGUUUCUUUAUCAACGGGAUAUUGGAUAUCUUCAGUGAUGUACUGAUAACCACACUUCCAAUAGCCCUUCUUUGGAACGUGCGUAUGCCUUUAUCUCGAAAGCUCAAGUUAAUGGGCCUCUUCUCCCUGAUAGUAGUGGUGGCGAUCUUUGCAGUCAUCCGCAUAGCUGCUGUGGCUGAACCGCGCCAUUAUUUUGAUGCUAUCUGGCUGUGGAUGUGGAGUUUAAUCGAGUGUGCCACUUCAAUUGUAAUCGCUGCCCUGGCCUCGUUGCGUCAAUUGUACGUGAAACAGGACAUUGUGCAAAGCUCGGCGCCAUCAAGUGACGGCGACAGUUCUGCCAAAGACAGUAAUAUAUGGUUCUUCAUCCCCCGCAGGAAAUCCUCUCAACAGAAAAUGGCCGUCAGCCGUUUGUAUCCGGUGGAUGUGCAGCCCUGAGCGAGUGGAAUCACUGGAAUGAUAGGCCUGUAUGGAUACUGGUGUUAGGAUGAUCCCUCCUUUGGACCCUAUGAUUAGCGUGGACAGCGUUAGCG